AUGGGAUUGCUCUCCACUUGCCUUGGCUUUGUAGCCAAACUGCUUCUCCUGGCUCUCUUCAUAUGUGCCACCACUGGCUCAGUCCAAGCUAAGGAAGUCCGCCACAGAUGGGAGGUCUCAUACCAGUUCAAGUCCCCGGAUUGCUACCAAAAGCUCGCAGUUACCAUCAAUGGAGGGACGCCAGGCCCAACAAUCGAUGCCCAGCAGGGAGACAACGUCAUUGUUGAGGUUAUCAAUGGGUUGCUCACCGAGAACCUAGCUAUCCAUUGGCAUGGAAUUCGGCAGAUUGGCACUCCUUGGUUUGAUGGAACUGAUGGGCUGACACAGUGAAUCCAACCUGGGGAGACUUUCACUUACAACUUUACCGUUGAUAGAGCAGGGACCUACCUCUACCAUUCACACUAUGGGAUGCAAAGGUCAGCGGGGCUCUACGGUGUCAUCCGAGUGGCAGUCCCUGAUGGAGUGAAUGAGCCGUUUACCUAUGAUGAAGACCAAAGCCUCCUCCUCUCUGAUUGGUGGCACAAUAGCACUUAUGAACAGGCCACUGACUUAAAUUCGUUGCCUAUCAAUUGGAUUGGGGAGCUGCAGUCUCUUUUGAUCAAUGGGAGAGGCAAAUACAAUUGUUCCCUGGCAGCAGCUGGGGUCUGCAAUGAAACCAACACCGAGUGCUCCUCGUCGGUGGUGACGGUCCAUCCCGGCAAGACCUACCGACUUCGCAUUGGGAGCAUCACAUCUCUCUGAAAUAUCGAAGUAGAGGGGCAUAAUAUGACUGUUGUUGAAGCUGAUGGCCAUUAUGUGAAUCCCUUUGUCGUGAAGAACCUCAACAUCUACUCAGGUGAGACCUAUUAUGUAAUUCUGAAGACCGAUCAAGACCAAUCCCGCAACUACUGGAUUGCUGUAAAUGUUGUUAGCCGGGAACCGGCGACUCCCACCGGCACUGCCAUCCUCAAUUACAACCAAAACCAGCCCGAAAGUCUCCCUCCGACUGUUCCACCCACCGGACCGCUUUGGAACGACACCAUGUACAGAUUCAAUCAGAGCAUCACCACCCGAGCGCAUCCAAAUUAUACUCAGCCUCCACCAAACACUUCUGACCACCUCAUCAUCUUAUUAAACACUCAGAAUACUGUCAAUGGCCAUGAAAGGUGGUCUCUUAACAACGUGUCGCUUGAUCUACCACAUACACCCUAUCUAAUUGCAAUCAAGGAGAACUUGACCAAUGUCUUCAAUCAAACUGCACCACUAGAGACUUAUGAUUACAGGAAUUACGACAUAUAUAGCAUACCAAAGAAGCUGAAUGCGACAACAAGCUCUUCAAUUUAUACAUUACAGUUCAAUUCAACGGUGGAUGUGAUCUUGCAGAAUGCAAACACAUUGCAUGCUAACACCAGCGAAACACAUCCAUGGCACCUGCAUGGGCAUGACUUCUGGGUGAUGGGGUACGGGUUGGGGAGAUUCGAUCCAGCAACCAGUCCAAGCAGUUAUCAGGUCGACCCGAUUAUGAAGAACACGGUGGCACUGCACCCCUAUGGAUGGACGGCCCUGAGGUUCCAAGCCAAUAACCCUGGAGUGUGGUUUUUCCAUUGUCACAUUGAGGCACAUUUGUUCUUAGGCAUGGGGGUGGUGCUUCAAGAGGGAGUGGACAGGGUUGGGGAGCUGCCUAGGGACAUUAUGGGGUGUGGUGAAUCCAAAAGUCUGAUUAGGCCUUAA